CCCGCCUCCGCCAAGCAGGAAAGCAGAUAAUGAAGAUAGAGGUCAGGUUGCAUCGGAAAUGAGCUAGCGAUCCACUUUCCUUUCACCGACUCCUCAUAUCGCCGCACCGGUUCAUGCAAUAUGUGGGCUACACACGUGACUUAGGCUUUGCCUUCCUCACAGCCUGCUUAUGUCAUCUGGGCUUGACAUCCCGACUGUGCAUUCACGCUAUCUCGUUUUGCGCCGACUACAACUUCUCGCUGCCUUGUUGCGUACUGUUUCUGUAGACGGGGUCAUAAUGGGUAAACGAAAGAAGGCUGCUAAGCCUAUGACCACAAAGAAAAAAGAAGUCCUUCCGACCGUGUUCCAGUGCCUCUUCUGCAAUCAUGAAAAGUCCGUCCACGUGCGUAUGGACAAGAAAAGCGGCAUAGGAUCUAUCCAUUGCAAGGUCUGCGGGCAGCAAUGGAGCACAAACAUCAACUUUCUGUCCGCGCCCGUGGACGUGUACGCGGACUGGGUCGAUGCAUGCGACGAAGCGGCAAAACAAGCAGCAGCAGGUGUCGAGGGUGAGCGAUCGAACUACACCAGUCAAGCCGCACCUACGCCGAAGACCAAGUCGUCCACGGGAGGACAUGGGGAGAUGGACGACUUUAUCGAGAACGACGAGAUGGACGCGGAAGCAGAUUUUGCAGACGAUGACUAAAUCGGGUCGAUGAGCGGAUAUGGACACUACGGAGCUCAACGUGUACAAGUAUAAGAAGUAAAAAUGAAGGUUCUUGGUCCCGGGAGGAGGGAGGGGCAAUGAAAGCUUUGGGUACAUUGCUCGGCACGGCGUUUCUGGUUGAGGAUAGAACUAUGGUGCGCGGCACCAUGUGAAAAAUUUAGCUGGAGGACAAAAUUUCGCUGGAUACCAAGUGCGACAGCUGUUGAUGUGCCAGUCAGUCGCACUGACACUAGGAUAUGAAUGAGCAUAUUUCAGCACAACAUUGUUUGCAUUCUUGGAGACUGGGCCAACGUCCGGAAUACGUAUAUUACCACUCAUUAGAUGUGAACUUUGUAGUUGCACGCUGCCGCAGAGUG